UGGGGUGGCGGUCAGGUAGGCAGCACGAACAUGUCCGUCUGCACAAAGUUAGGGUUCGUGUUCGACACGUGCACCAAAGCUGGACCCUUCUCGUGCGCAUUUAACUCAUAAGUAGGUUAAUCAUUGGCUCGUUCGUUCACUUCUAAAUGUUUUGCACCGACUUCAUCCAGAAUCUGAAAUCCUCGAAAAAAUCUGUUGUUUGAGUUGAAUCCGCUUCGGGAUCGUUGGUGGUGGGGGAGCGCCUGUUUUCCAGGCCGAGAGCAAAAUGUUUUGGUCGUUUAUUUAUAAGCAGAGCUGUCGUUUCAGAUAGUUUCAGUACACGACCAUGGCGUGGUAAACAAAACUUUUCUAGAGGUUUCUGCAGGGUGAAAAGGCCGCUGUGGCACCAUCUGCUGUUGGAAGAGGUGCGCUGGUAGUUUUUAAAGGCUGCCAUGUGCUCAAUGAUUAACAAAGCAAUACUGGCAGAAAUCAAAUUACUGCUGCUACAGAAGCAUGCUGACCUCCUGAUACUGAAGCUAUAUCUGUUCAUAAGUUAUUAUCCAGAGCGAGCUCGUCCUAUUUAAAUUUCCCAGCUUUCCAAAUGAAAUUCAACAGUCUGAGACAUCCAGAUGACAGAUGUUUCUACAAAAUGAUUUCUGGCAUAAAUUUAACACAGAGUAUGGCCUUUAAAAAUGUAGAAGUGCUUUGUAUGUAUACACCUAUAAUGAAUUUUUCAUAUAAUCAUGGCUAUGAGGAAGGAUCCUCUACAAACUGGAUGGUGACUGGUUUCUAUACAAAACAUCAACAAGUCUAUUUUGUGCGUUGAACACUUUAGACCAAUAGACUGGCUGAUAUAACCUACCAAUAUUGUUUUCUAUUUAAGAAAUUUACAUUGUCUUCAUUACAUAGUUUGUCAACCUGAGAGCACUGGUUCAUUUAUCCACUGUAAAAGGUUUCACCUUAUAAUGAGACUGAACUGAUGUUUUGUUUCAUAGAGUUCAUGUUAGCUGAUCUACAUCAUCUUCUGUUCACAUAGACGCUUGUUUGCUGGCAACAUUUAACAUUAUUUCUAAUUCACCAAAGAAAUACGCUGAUUUAAGAGCUUUUAUUUGUGCAAGCUGACCUUCAACGAAUUGUACAGUUUGUACAGUCUCACCCAUGCUUGUCACUGUUUUUCAUGAAUGUAGCUAGGUAGCUAGCCCGUUGGCUAGCUAUGUAAGCCUUAUGCAUCCCACCUGUUGAGCUGUGAUUGGUUGGCCGCCAUCAAUGAGUGCUACACAGUUAUCACAAAAAUAAAACAAACAUAAAUGAUCCUUAUCAGAAAUGUUUAUGUAUUUCUAUCUUUCUGUCAUCAUUCUAUGCUGCAUCGAUAUCGUAGAUUUUUUUUAAGUAAUCAAGUAUCAUUAUUGGUCGUGACCUCAAUAAUCCAGCAUCGGUCGGGCUGGACAGUCAUUCAGACAUAUUUCACAAUGGAAUAGUAACAUUUUUUACAGGCUGCAGUAAUAUCUCCCCUCACUCGCUGUAUCUUAACCAUAUUGGUGACAGUUUGCAAUGGAGGACUCCAUUGAGGUCAUUCUGCAAGACCAUGGCAGGGUCCUGUCCACCAGCAGACCCCACCCCUUCCUGUCGGCCUGCCUGGGCGCUCUGCUCACAGGCCUGUAUGGAGUAUGGAGCAUGUUUGUUAUGCCUGGCUUUCGAAAAAUCCCGUGGAGCCUCAAGGUUCCUUAUUUGCCCUCCAGUAAAGAUCAAACACUGAACAUCAUGAAGCUGCUUGAGGGCCGAACAGGUCUCUUAGCAGAUCUGGGAUCAGGAGAUGGAAGAGUGGUGUUUGCCGCCUCUUCUGUUGGUUUUCAGUGCACAGGCUUUGAGAUUAAUGGUGUUUUAGUGGCCUAUGCCAGGGGUAAGGCCCGCUGGAAAGGAGUGCCCUCCGGCCAGACUGAUUUAUCUGUGUACAACAAUGUGACAGCUUUCCUUGCUCCAGGAGUGAUGGGGGUCCUGGGUGAGAAGCUGUUGAAAGAGCUUCCUAAUGAUGCGCGAGUCGUUGCCUGUCGUUUUCCUUUCCCCAACUGGCCGCAGCAGUCAUCCGUCGGCUCCGGUCUCGACCAGACUUUUGCUUAUGACAUUGGCAGUGUGCGCUCGCACCUGAGAAAAGUACGCAACGCGGUGGUGUAAUAA